UACGAAGACAUGGAUGAUUCCCCAUCGGACUAUUUUUCUUGUGGCACAGGUCUUGCUUUUGGAUUCUUCCAACAACAUGUCGAGCUCGUACCGAAGCAGGAUCCAGGAAUUCAAGGUGGCUUUGAGUGAAGAGAAGCUAGACUUGAAAGCGCUUCGGGAACUCUGCUUCAGCGGAAUCCCAUUUGAAGGAGGCAUUCGUGCUCUCUGCUGGAAAGUCCUGCUCAAUUAUCUACCCUUGGACCAGACAAUAUGGAUAUCCUUUCUGAAGAAACAGAGGGAGGUGUAUUCCCAGUUCCUGAAGGAGAUGAUCAUCCAGCCUGGUAUUGCCAAGGCCAACCUGGGGCUCUCCAGAGAAGACGUAACCAUGGAGGACCAUCCUCUCAACCCUAACCCGGACAGCAAGUGGAACAACUACUUCAGAGACAACGAGGUGCUGUUGCAGAUUGAUAAAGAUGUCCGGCGCCUGUAUCCGGACAUGGCUUUCUUCCAGCGGCCCACAGACUACCCCUGCCAGCUGAUCCUGGAUCCCCAGAACGACUACGAGACCCUGAGGCGACGCGUGGAGCAGACCACCCUAAAGGCACAGACCGUGGACCGCAGCCGCAGCGGGGUCACCAACGUGAGCUCUCCAGGUAAGGCCCUUAAUCUGUACCCGUCCAAUGAAUACGAGGUGCUGCCCAGUGGCUGCGAGGCCCACUGGGAAGUGGUGGAGCGCAUCCUGUUCAUCUACGCCAAGCUCAACCCAGGCAUUGCCUACGUGCAGGGCAUGAACGAGGUGGUGGGCCCCAUCUACUACACCUUCGCCACAGACCCCAACGAUGAGUGGAAAGAGCACGCCGAGGCAGACACAUUCUUUUGUUUCACCAACCUGAUGUCGGAGAACCGGGACAUGUUCAUCAAGAGUCUAGAUGACUCUCAGUGCGGCAUCACCUAUAAGAUGGAGAGCGUCUACUCCAUGCUCAAAGAGAAGGACAUGGAACUCUACAUGAAACUGCAGGAGCAGAACAUCAAGCCCCAGUACUUCACCUUCCGCUGGCUCACCUUGUUGCUGUCCCAGGAGUUCCUCCUGCCCGACGUCAUCCGCAUCUGGGACACGCUCUUUUCCGACCAGGACCGCUUCGAGUUCCUCAUCCUUGUGUGCUGCGCUAUGCUUGUACUGAUCCGAGAUCAGUUGCUGGCAGGAGACUUCACUGUCAACAUGAGAUUGCUGCAGGACUACCCCAUCUCAGAUGUGCACACCAUCCUGGCCAAGGCCAAGGAACUCCAGGAUGCCUCAUAGCCACGCCCCGCCUCCUCCUCUGCCCCUCUCCUGGCUGGGGUUCGUUGAGGCACCAUUAAAACUGGUCAACCUGGGUGACAAGUAGGCCCCAUUGCACCCUGGGAUGGAGAGGAAGCCACGUGGCGCCGGGUUGGUGUACAGUUGUUUGGAGAAACCUUCUCGUCUCACGGGCCAAAACAGUAUUUCCACUCUUCCAGAGGGUGUGUGGGCUCAAGCUAUUUAUUUUUGCACUGAACACUUGAGGAAAGAAAACAGACGAAAUCUACAUGAAGCAGAGGAACCAUGUUAACCCAUACUACAGAAGCCCAUCAGGGCUAUUAUAACACUCCUGAGGUUUUUUUAAAAACAUUUUUUUUUCCGGUUUCUUUUUAGUGGCAUGAGAUUGACCUAUUUUACUGUAUGAGUAAACAUAGUAAUUGUUUUCUGGCACUUGUAAGAAAGACUAUAUUACUACCAUGUAAUGGUCACACCAAAUGUUUUCCAGAGGGAUGAGUUGUGCCACACAGUAGGGUGAAGCAGCAGACAGAAGAAACACUAUAUAGUUAACAUUACAUUGUCUUAAGCCUGGCAUCAUGGUAACUUGAUACAGUGGUGAUAGUGUGUCUUUUGAUGAGGGGGCAUUACUGAGCAAACAAGUCAAACUUCAGUUGGGAAUUCUUUCCUGAUUUAGUUUGAGGCAUUCACAUGUCCUGUAAGCCAAAAUACUUUUUUUUUUUUUUAAAUGAAUAACAUGUUGUACAGGAAGAAAAGCAUAAUUUAUUUUGCUCUGUAUACUAUAGGACUUAGAGAAAAUAAAUGAGAAUACAAUUUCUGCAUUAAGAAAACUGGCAGCGGAUAACAGAUUUGGAUGAUUAGGGAGUCGCUUGCUUAAAAUUGCUAAUUGAAUGGAUUCAUUUUUCUAAGUCUUAAAACGCUAACACAUCCUAAAUUUUUUUUACACUAGGACCUGCAGAGGAAUGUGAUUAGAAGUAGACAGAAAAUGGCUUACUUUAUAAUUCCUCAUUAUGGUUAGAAUUACACACUCCCUCCAGGACUCCAAGAAGGCGGAAUUGUUUCCAAAAUCAACAAUUCCCUGCAUAUUCCGCACGGGCUUGCAUAUUUGACUUACUACUAAAUCGUUUUGUGUGAAACAGUCCAUCCAUCACAUUAAGAGCACAUAAGUGAGCCAUAGCCGCAGUGCAAAAAAGAGGUCCUGCUACCACACCGCGUAUUUCUGUCCAAUCAAACUCACUCUCGGGCACUGUUGUCAACAGCCGGAUGCUUUAUGGAACGGUGUUCCAUAAAACAUUUUUACUUUCUAUUUUUAAUAUGAAGGACAUCUCCUGAUGUGAACUAGGCCACGCUCCAUCUAACGUGGUCUGUUAUGCCACGUUUAGGAAUUUGGUUGAAAUAAUUAUAAAAAAAUUAAUUCUUGCUACGUUAGAUUGAACUGCACACCAGUAAACUUUAUUUUAAUUUUUUUCAGCUCAAGUUGUUGACAAAUUUGAUAAACAAUGGAUAUUGCCUUGCUGCGUUAUAAUUGAUGCGGAUGAAUAUGUAUGCCGAUAUGCGGAGCCCUAUAGUGACUGAGUACAGCUCACAAAAUGUACUAAUUAUUCAUUUUUUUUUGUACUGUUUGUGUUUCCUGUACUAGCCCCCCUGGGAAUAUAAUAAGCAUAGCGGUCCAUUUUACUCAACAUUCCCUUUCGUCAGCGCUAUUUCAGUGAGAUGGUGGUGUCCUUCCAACUGGCCAAUCGUCGAUGCCGGAGCUGUUACAAAUUGACCGUCUGUGAUUAGUUAUGGUUCAAAUUAACUCCAUUGUCCUAAAGUGAUGCACUACAGGAUAAUGUACGCAGUACUUUGACAAGCUCCAACACUCCUAGUUCAAACAACUUGACUGGGUUCAUCAGUAGGACUGUUAUCACACCGUGAUCUUAAUGAAUGUUCAGUGACAAAUCACCGUGGUGGAUAGUAUUGUCUUCCCGUGACUUCCCGUGAUUUAGGAUUUAUCAGCCUCUAAUUUCUUCUUAUCUUGCUCCUUUUGUGAACCUUUUCACUUUGUAUCAUUGCCUUGGCGCUUGUCACUCUGUCGCCUCGCCAACCCCCCCCCCAAUACCCAACCCGCCACCAUUCUGCGUUUCGUGGCAAAUUAAUUUUAAAACAGGAUCAUAAUAAGACACUGUGUCCGUGUAUGAGGCAGAACGCUGUUAUAAUUAUGGACUUGAGAAAGAUAUGGGUAGAAUGGAGAAUGUGUAUGGUUGGUAUGAACUGCUAUAAUGGAGUCUGUAAACCUGUUUGUAGACAGCCCAUCUGUAACACAUUUCCUCCGUUGGCUCAAGCAUGUCUGAACGGUCUUGGUUCACAAUGACCUUGGUGUCGGGCAAAUGAUUGUCAUGCCACCAGUGACCAGGGCAACAAUGUCGAUUGUCUUGUGUUUUCUCCGAUUUGACCGCAAUCCUCCAUUGUCUUAAGCCCAUAAUGUCUGUGACGUUAGGGAAAGACAAUAUGUCAUUGUCAGUGUUAGUGUUUAUGUCAGGAGUUUGACAAUGCUAUUAUGUAACCAUAUUCUUUCAAUGCUAGAAGUUCCCAAAGUUUUUGUUCUGUCUCUUAACUCCAUUUUGAUAUACAUAUUUUUUUUUGUGGGACAACUAUUUUAAGAAAAGGUUCUGUAAUCAAUGUCCCC